UUAUUGCGUACUUAACUGAAAACAUAGUCGUAACUCGCAGGUGACGGGCUGUUGGCCGCUCUCUGGUUUGUUCUGAUUCCAAGUUGAACUCACGAUUAAGACUGCAACAUCUCUUCUCUUUCUCACUGUCACGGAUUAGUAUCAUUUCUGUUAUUUCCACUCGCUGCAUAACUCAGUACAGAUACUUUAGAUAUACAUAGAAAGCAGGAGAGAAGGGAAAUGAGAAUAGAUAGAGGUUUGAAGUGGAGCGUUAAUGUGGUCCGUUCAAUAAAGCAACUUCAAUCUACUCCAGCAGUUUCGCAUACAAAUCCUUUUUAUCGAAAAUCUUCUUUCACAUCCGCCGUAGCCAAUGCUUUUCUCCUCCUUUCACGCUCCUACUCAACUGAACUGCAAUCUCAACUGUCCCCUGACCUUAUUCGAAUCAUGGAUCAAAGGUUAUCAGCUAUUGAACAUAGGAGUGCUUACCUUGAGAAUUUCAUAAAUCGGCCAGAAGCCUCACCUACAGAAUCUGCCAGAGCUAACAAAGAACUGCGGAAAAUCAGGGGAUCAAUGGACCUUAUAACUGAGCUGAGGUCCAAACAGAAGGAGAUUCAUAGCUUGAGCUCACUGAUGGCUGAAUGUCCGGAAGAUAAAGAUAUGCUUGAUAUGGCAAAUGAGGAAUUGAGUCAGGCAAUGGAAGAAGAAAAAAGACUUCAGAAUUUGCUGCUGAAGUCAUUACUUCCAAAGGAUGAUGCUGAUGAGAGAGAUUGUAUUUUGGAAGUGAGAGCUGGAACUGGAGGAGAAGAGGCAUCUUUGUUCGCCAUGGAUGUAUUCAAGAUGUAUGAGAGAUACUCACAAAAAAAGGGUUGGAAAUUUGAAGUGGUCGAUAUUGCAGAAUCUGAUUUGAAAGGAUACAAGGAAGCCAGUGCUGCAAUUUCAGGAGCUGGUGUUUUUGGGAAACUUAAAUUUGAAAGUGGAAUUCACAGGGUUCAGCGUGUUCCUGUAACAGAGAAGUCUGGACGUGUUCACACUAGUGCUGUUUCUGUUGCUAUCCUGCCUCAAGCUGAUGAGGUAGAUGUUCAGUUGAGGAAUGAUGAUUUGAGAAUUGACACCUACAGAUCUGGUGGUUCAGGUGGCCAGCACGCAAAUACCACAAAUAGUGCUGUUAGAAUAACUCAUCUACCAACUGGGAUGACAGUGUCCAUACAGGACGAACGUUCCCAGCAUAUGAACAAAGCAAAAGCUCUCAAGGUGCUCUGUGCCAAGCUAUAUGAAAUGGAAAGGUCAAGAAUUCAUACGAGUCGAUCAAAACUUCGAUCAGAACAGAUCGGUAGCGGAGACAGAUCUGAACGCAUCCGCACCUACAACUUUCCACAAGGGCGUGUCACUGAUCAUCGUGUCGGCAUUACCCACCAUGCAUUAAACGAUGUGAUGCUAGGAGAGAGCCUGGAUGUCUUCAUUGAAGCUCUUCUUCUGCAGGAGGAAAUCGAUGCAAUUGCAUCAUUCAGUUCUGUUGAGUGAAACUAGUCAAGACUCAGUCAGUAGUAUUCAAGGCUUGGCAAAUUUAUAUGUUCCCCUAUUGUCAUGUAAUUUUAUUGAGCAUUUGAUCACUCAAAGUCAUUAUGAAUACACUUUGGUCUCAGAGACGCGAGAGAGGCACAUGAACUUGAUUCAACAUCUUGUCCACAAGCUGCCUGAUAGUGUCAGGUGUAACACAUCCAUUUAUUUAUUUAUUAGUUAAGUUAGAUUGUUUUUGUUUGAUGCAGGAUCUUUUCAUCUAUCCAUUCUCUAAUAAUAUCGCAGAUUUUAUACCAUGUCUAA